UUUUCCAUAAAUUGGCCACGUAAUAAAGGGUGCAACAUGUAUUCCAUGCUAAAUUUAUUUGUUAUUGUAAUUAAUCUCUCAUUGCUUGCUGCACAAAACGUUACAACGCCAUCCACACUACCUAUUACAACUCGAACUACUACAACUCGAACUACACCUGCACCUACGCCGGAUCCGAAUAGAUUUUUUAAAAAGCCAGAAAAGAAAACAGCUGGAAGAGACUUUAAUAUACAAUUCACAAGUUGGCUGUUUACUGGAUGUUGGGAAACCAAGACGGAUAAGCCAUCGAAUAAAUGCGGUACAGAUUAUCACACCGCGAAGGAAUACCCCGGUUACGAUGGAUGGAACAAUAACGUUGGUAAACCAGAAUUAGGUGCCGUCGACACUCCCUUACUGAGGAGAUUGCCAGCAGCUUAUGAAGAUGGAGUAUACCAGCCGUCAAUUUCUAACAGACCAAACCCGUUAGAGUUGAGUGACGAGCUGCUGAGUGGAGACAUUGGGACUAAAUCGAAAAUGGGACGAAACGCUUUACUUGUGUUUUUCGGUCAACAAGUGGUGGGGGAAAUUUUGGAUGCCCAGAGACCAGCGUGUCCACCUGAAUAUAUUAAUAUAAAAAUUCCGGAAAACCACAAGUACAAACAUAAGUACAAAAAUAAAAAAACAGAAAAGCCUGUUUUACGUACACGAUAUGAUCAGCGGACGGGUCAUUCGCCGAACAAUCCACGCCAACAGUUAAACGAGAUUACGCCGUACUUGGACGGUGGACUGAUCUACGGCACGUCUAAAGCGUGGUCGAACGUUCUGCGGACGUAUGCCAACGGAACCGUACAGCCGGAUGGUCAACUCGCGUCAUCGCUCUCCGGCGCGUAUCCCGAGCUUAACACCGCCCGGCUACCGAUGGCGAAUCCGCCCGCUUAUCACAAGAAGUACGUAAGUCCGCGGCACUACACCGAGGAAGUCACCAGAUACUUCAAGUUAGGAAAUCCACGAGGGAAUGAAAAUCCGUUUCUGCUGACCUUCGGUAUAGUGUGGUUCCGAUGGCACAAUUUCCUGGCGAAGCAUAUUAAGCGUUACCAUGAAGACUGGUCGAGCGAUCAGAUCUACAACGAGGCGCGCAAGUGGGUGAUAGCGACUCAGCAGCGCAUUGUCGUCGAUGAAUGGUUGCCUUCGUGGUUGGGCCUGGAUGUGCUUCCUAAAUAUGAAGGUUACAACCCUAAUAUCGAUCCGCAGAUAGAGCAAUUCUUCCAAUCGGCUGCUUUCCGUUUCGGGCACACUUUAGUUCCACCAGGUGUGUAUCUUCGCAACUAUGGGAGAAACGGUUGUUCUCUGGAACUAUAUCCAACUAGAACAUGCAACAGUUACUGGAUGCCAGAGGAUUCUUUCUUUAUCAAUUCAACGAAGAACAAUAUUGUGGAGAAAUUACUAAUGGGAAUGGCUAUUCAAUUAUGCGAAGAGGAAGAUCAUAAAAUCGUUGAAGAUUUGCGAGAAAGUUUGUUCGGUCCAUUGGAAUUUUCAAGAAGGGACUUAAUGGCGCUUAACAUUCAACGGGCACGCGAUCAUGGUGUACCGGAUUACAAUAGCGCUCGUCGCGCGUACGGUUUACACGAAGUUACAGAUAUAUCCCACUUUAAUCUGUCUAACAGUAUCAAGGAAAAAUUCCUCACAUUGUAUAAUUCUUUUGACAACGUGGAUAUCUGGAUAGGUGGAAUAUUGGAGACUGGUAACGCACCUGGCGAAUUAUUCCAAGCAAUCAUCAGAGAUCAAUUUCAGAGAAUACGUGAUGGCGAUAGAUUUUGGUAUCAAAAUAAGGAUAACGAGUAUGUAAUUAUACAUUGCACAAAGAUUUCCGCUUUCUACAUAUCUAUGUUUUACUAUUUAUUCGGUAAACUGUCUCUGACACGUCUUCGUUCUCGUAGACUUUUUACUUCAAAAGAAAUUGAAAGAAUACGUCAAGUGUCAAUUUAUGAUUUGUUAAUGUGCAUCACUGAAAUGGACUGGAACGAUAUUCCGAAGGAACCCUUCAGAGUUCCUAAAGGAGAAAUUCAUCCCAAAUGUAAAAACGUUAUUAAACCAGGAAACUGUCUCAAUGGUCCUUGCUUUCACGCUGACCAAAUCAAUAAGAUUCUCAAAGAAAAAUGCGAAGAUCCCGAAACUUACGACUUCUUUUCCAACAGCGGCCUGUCCUUCAUUCUUACAUUUUUAUCCUUAACAACAUUAUUCUGCGGUCUUAUUGCUUUGAUUUCUUAUAAGAUACAGUUAAAAGAGAAAGGACCGACGAAAGAAUAUAGUAGAGAAGUGGAUCACAGUGAUAUCAAUAACAUAGAUAGCAUAUUUUCUGGUAAAUUUCCAGCUAGAGAAUGGCAAGAGCCGAAGUCUUCACUGAAGCACGUUCUAGUAACAACAAAUGUCAGAACUCAACAAUUAGAAGUGAAAAAUCAAUUGGGACAUUUAAUACGUGCAGUGGAGUUUCCAUCUAAUAGCAACGUUAUGAUUUACCGCGCAACCGAUAGCCAUUACGUAUUGAUUCGUGUGUAUCACAGUUACGACUUAGUGCUGAAAUUCGAUGGCGAAUAUAUAAGAAAUGCAUUUAUAAAGGCUUUCGAUAAGUUUAUGUCAGAAAUCGCAAUUGUCGGAAAUGUAUGUUCAGUGCAAACGACGAACGUCACGCUCGCGGUGAUGCUCAAGCAAGCAAUUAGUAAAAAACAUCGUCAAAAGAAAUUGGAGAUGUUCUUCCGUGUUGUAUUCGCACAGGCGUUUCAUAUCGCACAUACGGAAGAAGAAAUAUUACAAAUAGACUCGAUAGUGGCGAAAGAAGUAAUUUACACUGAGCUGACGAUCAUAGAAUUUGCGGAAGCUCUGAGCAUGAAGCCGGAAGCUGAGUUCGUAAAGAAGAUAUUCAAUCUAGUGGAUAAAGACAAGAACGGCUUUAUAUCAUUCCGGGAGUUUAUUGAUAUGUUAGUAAUAUUUCUGAAAGGCUCCGCUGAAGAGAAGAUAAAGCUGAUGUUUGAUAUGUAUGACAUCAAUAAUACAAAAAGACUAACAAGAGAAGAAUUUUCAAAUAUGUUAAGAUCGUUCAUGGAGACGGUCAAUACUGACGUAACGGAUGACGAAUUAGAGACUCUGGUGCAGUCUAUGAUGUACCACGCCAAUUUGGCGAACAAGGAAACUAUAAAUCUACAGGACUUCCAGCAAAUACUGAGCGACUUUAACGAUCAGUUUAAUUACGCCGAACUAGAGUUUAACGUGCAAACAGAAGGGAAGAACAGGAAACUUCACGCAGGCGUGAAAACAGUUAGAUCGACGUUUAUCGGCGAAGUUCAGAAAACGGUGGAGAGUCUGUAUGCCGAUCCCAGCGAGUUGCAGUCGAGAGUCGAAGGCAAAAUUGAGGACGAGCAGGACGUAACGGAGGAGAGACACAAUAGUGAGAUCAUCGACGGGGAGAUCGUUGAGGAAAUGAAGAAAUACUCGGACGAUUAUUGGCACCCUAUAUUGAAGUACCUCGCUAACAAACGAUUGCAAAUAUUCUGGGUGUGUUUGUAUACUCUGUUGCUCCUUGGGAUAUUUGCGGAACGAGUGUACUAUUUUUCCAUAGAACGAGAACAUUCGGGUCUCAGGCGAAUAUUGGGCUACGGCCUGACGAUAACAAGAGGUGCGGCGUCGGCAAUGAUGUUCACUUACUCCACGCUACUACUCAUGAUGUGUCAUAACACCAUCACGUUCCUGAGAACCACAGUUCUGCAAUUUUAUAUUCCAUUCGAUUCCGCGAUCGAGAUGCACAAGUACAUUGCUUGCUGGGCUCUGGCCUUUAGUGUGUUACAUAUUAUCGGACAUGGCUUCAACUUUUAUCACAUAUCCACGCAGACUGCAGACGAUCUGUCGUGUCUAUUCCGGAAUUAUUUCCAUGCGACGCACGAAUUGCCUAAAUUCCAUUAUUGGUGUUGGGGCACAAUGACAGGUAUAACUGGAAUAUUUUUAACUAUUGUGGCUGGAUUGAUAUUUAUAUGCUCUUUAUCGAUGGUGCGCAAAGCAUUUUACAACUUGUUCUCUUUCGUACACUCCCUAUAUACAGUCUUCUACAUACUCAUGGUUUUACACGGCAGUGGGAGAUUAGUGCAAGAACCGUAUUUCCAUUAUUUCUUUUUGGGGCCAGCUAUCCUAUUUAUUUUCGAUAAAAUUAUAACAGUGACCAAAACGAAAAUAGAGACACCAAUAUUUAAAGCGGACAUUUUGCCGUCAGGUGUAACAUGUUUAAUAUUUCCAAAGCCUUUAAAUUUUCAAUACAAAUCUGGCCAGUGGAUUAGAGUGGCAUGCCCAGCAUUACAAACAAAUGAGUACCAUCCAUUUAUUUUAUCCUCUGCGCCGCACGAGAUGAAUUUAAGUAUACAUAUAAGAGCAGUUGGACCGUGGACGAAAAAUAUCAGGGAUAAGUUGGAUCUAAGCAUCAUGUCUAAUGAGAACUUGCCAGUGAUUUACAUAGAUGGCCCAUAUGGAGAAGAUCAUCAAGACUGGGAUAAAUACGAGGUAGUAAUCAUGGUUGGUGGUGGUAUAGGUGUUACUCUUUUUGCAUCAAUACUUAAGGAUAUAGUUUUUAGGUCCAAUCAUAACGUAAACUUUAGUUGCAAAAAGGUAUACUUUCUUUGGGUUACAAAAUCACAAAAGCAAUUUGAGUGGAUGGUCGACAUAUUGAGAGAGCUCGAGAAAACAGAUGCUAAGAACAUAGUAUCGAUUCACAUUUUUGUCACUCAGUUUUAUGAAAAGUUCGAUCUACGUACGAUAUUUUUGUAUAUCUGUGAGCAUCACUUUCAAAAAAUUUCAAAUAGAUCUCUGUUUACUGGCCUGAAAGCAGCCACACACUUUGGACGACCGAAAUUUUCUCAAUUCUUCCGAUCUAUAUCAAGAUUACAUCCUGCUGCAAAUAAGAUUGGUGUUUUUAGUUGUGGUACGCCAACAAUGGUCAAUGCAGUAGAUGCAGCUUGUAAAGCAAUUAAUCUAAUGGAAAUUAAUGAUACAGUAUUUCAACACAUUUAUAAAAGGUUCUAAAUCUAUGAAUAUUUAGCGUAGCAUUUUAUUUUUAAUAACUAUCAAAUACUUUUCUAAUUCUAAUGCAGAUAAUUCCUUUUAUAUUUCUAAUUUGAUAUAUUUCUAUAAAUAAACACUACUGAAUAAACACUAAUAACUAAAUAAGCCUAUAUUAAUGUAAAAAUAUUUGUUGUUAAUAUAUUUGUGUAUUAAUGUCAAAAUUUCACAGA